AAGAACAACACAUCAAUACUCCCGUGAUUAACAAUGAACUAAUAGUAGAACAAUCACAAGAAAUAGUAUUAAGAAGAUCUCAAAGAGAAAGAAAGUCUGCUAUUUCGAAUGAUUAAUUUAUUAUGUGUGAUAAUUAAAAUUGAAAAAACUAAUUUCAAUUUAAGUGGUUAAAAUUUCAUAACGGUGAUAAAAACUUCUUCAAUUCUAAACAUUCAAUGACUUUAAUUCUCCUUCAUUUGCACAAAUAAUUUAUUAUAUAGUGUGACACGUGAGAAACUUUCACUUUGCAAAGUUUGCACCAUUAAUUCAUAUAAAACAAGAAAGUUGCCUUUCAUUUAUGUGUGGCAGACCAUGUUUGUCCCAUUCUUACAAUUUUUUAAUACAUAUAUUCAUAAAGUUAAACUUUAAUAAUUAAUAUUUUGGCAUGACCUCAAUUUGCAUUCCCGUAAGCUUUCAAACAUCCAGAAUACUAUUCAUCAUCUUCUAUCUAAAAUACUAUUCACAUAAACUAAGUUUCAUGGCAUUUGGAAGACAGCGGCGAAAGACUUCUAAAUUUCAAUCAGGUUUGUUUAUUUCAAUUAGUUUAAGAUGUAAAAUCCCCAUAGUUCAUCAUUUUUCUUUUUAGAAAAAAACCAUGAAUCAAAUUUCUUCAUCCAGGAGAAUCAUAAAUCUAGUAACCUAUAGCUCUGAUAACAUAUGUAAGUUUCUUAACUUUCUAUACUAUCAUUUGAUUUAGGAUCUAUGAUUCUCACAACAUCAAACAUAAUUACAUAAUUAGGAUAAGAAAAUCACUAACCUUGAUCCAUGCUUUCCUUGCUCUAGAUCUUCAACUCCUCACCCAAUCUAUCCCUUGAUGCAACCUUAAUUCUCUCAAGACUUUCUUGAUAGUGUUUCUAAUGGAGAGAGAGCUUCUUCGUAAAAAUAUAAAAUGCAUCAGGGACAGAACCCUUCAUCCAUUCUUAUACAAUUUCCAUCAAGUUGUAAUUAUUACCAUUAAGUCCCUCAAUUAUUUUAAAUCACAUUUUGACCCUCAUUUAUUUUCAGAUGAGUCACUUGGAUAAUUCUAACAAUAAAGGUUGAAUAAUAAACCCAAAACCUCUUGCCACGAGGUUACCCCUUUCCUAAUACUCAAUCACACAUCACUGAGCUCGUUGCAGCAACAGCAACACUAACAAGUGACAGACAGAAACCGGAGUGAGGGUGCUAUGUUCCACGUCCUCUCCCAAUGUCUGUCCUCUCCCACGGCCACCCUGUCGCAGGCGCGCCAAGCCCACGCCUUGAUCCUCAAACUCAACCUAUUCUCCGACACCCACCUCACCACCACCCUCCUCUCUCUCUACGCCAACACCCACUCUCUCUCCACCCCCCAACUCUCCCUCACCCUAUCCUCCCACCUCCCCCACCCCACCCUCUUCUCCUUCUCCUCACUCAUCCAAGCCUUCGCCCGCUCUUCCCACUUCCCCCAUGUCCUCACCGCAUUCUCCCACCUCGCUCCCCGCGGUCUCGUCUCCGAUGCCUUCCUGCUCCCCACCACCAUUAAGUCCUGCGCCAUCCUCCGCGCCCUAAACCAGGGCCAACAGGUCCACGCCUUCGCCUUGGCAUCUGGGUUUGUCUUAGAUUCCAUCGUGGCCUCCUCGUUGAUCCAAAUGUACCUCAAAUGUGAUCGCAUUGUGGAUGCAAGGAAACUGUUCGACAGAAUGCCUGAGAGAGACGUGGUUGUCUGGAGUGCCAUGAUUGCUGGGUACUCGCGCCUUGGACUUGUGGAUGAGGCCAGAGGGCUUUUCGGUGAGAUGAGGAGUUGUGGGGUGGAGCCCAAUUUGGUGACGUGGAAUGGCAUGCUUGUUGGGCUUGGUAAUAAUGGCUUGUAUGAUGAGGCGGUGGGGAUGUUUCGGGUAAUGUUGUUGGAAGGGUUUUUGCCUGACGGGAGUACUGUUUCGUGUGUGCUUCCUUCUGUGGGGUGCUUGGAGGAUGUGGUAAUGGGGUCUCAGGUUCAUGGUUAUGGCAUCAAGCAGGGGCUGUUAUGUGACAAAUUUGUGGUUAGUGCCAUGCUUGAUAUGUAUGGUAAAUGUGGCUGUGUGAAGGAGAUGAGUAGGGUGUUUGAUGAAGUGGAGGAAGUGGAAAUCGGGUCUUUGAAUGCUUUUCUUACUGGCUUGUCGCGGAAUGGUAUGGUUGACUCCGCGUUGGAGGUAUUUAACAGGUUAAAGGACCAGAAAAUGGAGUUGAAUGUUGUGACAUGGACUUCAGUAAUUGCUAGCUGUUCCCAGAAUGGCAAGGAUUUCGAGGCUUUGGAGCUUUUUAGAGAUAUGCAGGCUUAUGGCGUGGAGCCUAAUGCUGUGACAAUUCCAAGCUUGAUUCCUGCUUGUGGGAAUAUUUCAGCAUUGACACACGGGAAGGAAAUUCAUUGCUUUUCCCUUAGAAAGGGGAUUUUUGAUGAUGUAUAUGUAGGUAGUGCGUUGAUAGAUAUGUAUGCCAAAUGUGGUAGAAUUCAGUUGGCCCGGCGUUGUUUUAACAAUAUGUUGGCCCCAAAUUUGGUUUCGUGGAAUGCUGUUAUGAGUGGAUAUGCAAUGCAUGGGAAGGCUAAGGAAACAAUGGAGAUGUUUCAUAUGAUGCAGCAGAGUGGCCAGAAGCCGGAUUCGAUUACAUUUACGUGUGUUUUAUCAGCAUGUGCGCAAAAUGGCUUGACUGAAGAAGGAUGGCAUUAUUAUAAUAGUAUGUCCAAAGAACAUGGCAUUGAGCCUAAAAUGGAACAUUAUGCUUGCAUGGUGACUCUGCUCAGUCGUGUUGGAAAACUUGAAGAGGCUUACUCUAUCAUUAAGGAAAUGCCAUUUGAACCGGAUGCUUGUGUAUGGGGAGCCCUGCUAAGUUCUUGUAGAGUUCACAAUAAUUUGAGUUUAGGUGAAAUUGCUGCAGAGAAGCUUUUCCCGUUAGAACCAGCCAACCCUGGGAACUACGUUCUUUUGUCCAAUAUCUAUGCUUCAAAGGGCUUAUGGGAUGAAGAAAAUAGAAUACGUGAAAUGAUGAAAAGUAAGGGAUUGAGGAAAAACCCUGGAUAUAGUUGGAUUGAAGUUGGACACAAAGUGCACAUGCUUCUUGCUGGUGACCAAUCACAUCCACAAAUGAAAGAUAUCUUGGAGAAGUUGGAUAAAUUGAAUAUGGAGAUGAAGAAGUCUGGUUAUCUCCCCAAGACUAACUUUGUGCUGCAAGAUGUGGAGGAACAGGAUAAGGAGCAGAUAUUGUGCGGGCACAGUGAGAAGUUAGCUGUAGUAUUAGGGCUACUCAACACAAGUCCAGGGCAACCUCUUCAAGUUAUAAAGAACCUGAGAAUAUGCGAUGACUGCCAUGCUGUGAUAAAAGCAAUAAGCAGAUUGGAAGGAAGAGAAAUUUAUAUAAGGGACACAAAUCGUUUUCACCAUAUGAAAGAUGGUGUUUGUUCAUGUGGAGAUUUUUGGUAAGUAGCCAUGGUUUUGUCGGGACUUAUAUUCAGGAGGGGUCAAAAUUCUACCGUGGGUCCAUCUUGUGGAUGAGAGAAUGUAUUAUAAUCAAGAAUAUUUGCAGUCAAGAAUUUCAUGCCAUCCAUGUAGUUAAAGCAUCUCGAGAAUGAAGACACGUGUGCUUCAUCUUUUGGUGACUGGAAGCUGAAUAUUUCUCAGUUGUUUUUAAACUGGACUCAUGAUGCAACUAUGCGAGCAGAAAAUUUGAGGAACUCUAACAUUAUAACUUGCCUAAUUAUAUAUUUUUCUAUGACUGGAAGUCUCAUAAUGGUUUGAGACUUGAGCAUCUGUAAUGCUCAUGACAUGUUAAUGCAGAUGUCUCUCUUCCUUUUCAAGGCCUAAUAUGUUUCUAUCAGCUAGAUCGAGGAAACAUGUGAUGAGGAGGAAUUCCAAGAAAACUGUAUAUUGAAUUGUCAAACAGAUCAUCUAGGAUGUUUUUCUGAGAACUCGUGGUCUGAUUCCGUAGACUUUCCUUUGCAAGGGUCGCUAUGUCCAUGUUAGUGGUAAAUACCUGAUUUCACAACAAUUAGUAGAUUCAAACACAUGUUAAUUUGUGAUACUUUAGAGUCUUCACAGGCUCAUUACCCAUUCCAGAAUGUUUUUUUCUCUGGAGAAGAGCAUGUAUUUCUUCUGUUUAUGUUGGGUUCUUGUCACAUGGGACUAAAAUAUUUAUCAUAAUGAAUGCGGGUUCUUUAA